AUGUAUUCACAUCAUUCUCACUCGGGUGAAUACGUGGCGCAUGGCGUCGACAAGCUCGACGACAUGGUUGCUCGCGCUAAUGAGAUGGGCUUCGAGUUGUACUGUCUCACCGAGCAUAUGCCAAGGUUGGAUUCCAAGUAUCUGUAUCCAGAAGAAAAGACCGGUAGGACCGAAUCAGAUUUAGAGACCCUACAACAAAAAUUCCGAAAAUUUAUGGACCAUGCAUUAACAAUAAAAAGACAUAGCCAUGGGGCUAAGAUCAUCAUUGGGAUGGAAGUCGAAGGUUGUGACUCGCAACAUAUUGCUUACGCUAAGAGCCUGAUGGAGCAGUAUCCAGAUGUCCUACAGUUUUGUGUUGGUUCGGUUCAUCAUGUAAAUGAGAUUCCAAUCGAUUUCAAUCAAGAUAUGUGGACUGAAGCAGUGAAGGUCGCAGGCAAUAACUUUAAGCAAUUUAUGAUUGACUACUUGAACAUGCAGUAUAAACUUUUGACUGAAUUGAAACCUCUUGUUGUAGGGCAUUUUGAUUUAUUCAAAUUACUUUGUCCUCAAAGGCUCUGCGUAAACACACAAACGGGUGAUAUCAUUGAUGAGGGAAGUCCAGGCGCCAAGUGUAUUCAGCAAUUAUCAAUUCUACACGAAUGGGAAGAUGUCGAGAGCUUAGUGGUACGGAAUUUGCAGUAUAUAAUAUCUUAUGGGGGCCUCAUUGAGAUUAAUACUGCAGGCCUGAGAAAAAAGCUUCUCGAUCCAUUUCCCGGUCGAGAAUUUGCUAUACUUGCAAAGUCAAUGGGCGCCAGGUUUGUAUUGAGUGAUGAUGCACACGCUGUCAGUCAUGUAGGAGUUUGUUACGAUAAAGCGCUAAAAUAUAUGGAUGAGGUUCUAAGAUUGCAAGAAUUACACUAUCUUUCAGAUAAUUCAGGUUCUCUGGAGAUUAAAAGUGUCACUAUUGAUAGUCUCAAGAAAAGUCCAUUUUGGGAAAACUACUAG